UUUAUACGAUUUAUAUAUAUACACCUCUACUCAAGACUCUUCCCACUACCAACCACCAAACGUUUUUGCUAUAUCUUUAAGAGAAUUAAACUUCUUGUAUCAAAGAGAAAUUCAUCAUCAUAAUUAAGCAAAAAUGAAUGUUUCAGAAGCAUUUAAAUCUAGGAGUAUGAAGAGUAUGUUGGGAGAUCAUCUCCUUAGAAACGGGAUUUCAUAUGAACAAACAAGAAAAACAUCUUCGAUCAAAUUACUUACUGGACCUUCUUCAGGUCAAGUUGGUGAUGGGUCAUUGAUCACUUCGAAACAACGUAAAGUUGAUUCAGUUUUCACCACCAUGAACAAGCUUGUGAAAGGAAAAUUAAGCUUCGUAGGAAAGGUUGACAAAGUUUUCAGACAAAUCUUUAGCGUACGAGAAGGAGAGCAACUGUUGAGAGCUUCUCGUUGUUGCUUGUCCACCACAGCAGGCCCCAUCGCUGGCCGCCUCUUCAUUUCGACAGAGAAACUCGCCUUCUACAGCGAUAAACCCAUCGCUAAAGUCUCUUCACCUGCCGGAGAACCUCUUAGGUUCCACUACAAGAUUGUGAUCCCGUUAAGGAAGCUUAAGAAAUUCAACCAAAGCGAGAAUAUGACAAAGCCGUCACAAAAGUAUCUACAAAUAGUGACCACGGAUGAGUUUGAGUUUUGGUUCAUGGGAUUCGUCAGUCAUAAGAAAACUUUGAAAUGUUUACAACAAGCAGUCUCUAAGAGCUUAAUUUGCUGACUGCAACAAUAUUUACUGUGAUUAGGAUUUAAUUAUAGUUUAGUGUAUGGUAAGUUUUGUAAAUACGGUGUACUAUAGGAUGGAAAGAAGUUUUUCCACUCAAAUCCUUGAUUAUAUAACAACGAAGCUUAUUGUAUAUUA